UACAUUCGAAAUUAAUUAUUUUAAAAAAUAAAAAAACUUACCCUCGAUAACAACUUGGCACCCAUCUUUUACAAAAAAAAAUUGUCUUUGUAAUUUGCAAAAGAAAUGGAAAUUUUAUGAUCAUUUACUUCUUUUUUGGGAAGCAUUUGAAAUUUAAGUUUCGUUAAAAAAAGAAACGGAAAUAAAAACCCCAAAUGAAUUUUCUCUCUACCUCCACUUCCCGCCUCAUCAUCCUCCUCUUAAAACCCUAACUACUCUCUCCUCCAACAAAACCACCUCUAUUCGGCGGCGACUCUACCAACCACCUUUCCUUCUCCGCCGCUUCUUUCCUCGGUGUUGACGACAGUGUUACAGAAAUGGAAGCUGUGCAAACAAAUCCUGAGCGCCGUCCAUUCUCGAUAAAAUUGUGGCCUCCUAGCAAGAACACAAGGAUUAUGCUGGUGGAACGGAUGACCAGCAAUCUUUCAACUCCAACUAUUUUCACCCAGAAGUAUGGUAGUUUGAGCAAGGAAGAGGCAGAAGAGAAUGCUAAGCAAAUUGAAGAGCUGGCAUAUGCUGCUGCAAAUCAAUUCUAUGAAAAGGAGCCAGAUGGUGAUGGAAGCUCUGCAGUCCAGCUUUAUGCCAAGGAAUGUAGUAAACUUAUUCUAGAAGCCCUAAAACGUGGACCUGUGACUAAAGUUAGAGAAGUGCCAGCGAUUUCUGAGGCAGUUCUUGAAAGUUUAUUUGAUAUAUCAAAAGGUCCACGUGCCUUCAUUGAAGCGGAAGAGGCUGAAGAGCUUUUGGCUCCAUUAAAAAGCCAAUCGAACAAUUACACUAAGAUAUGCUUCAGCAACAGAAGCUUUGGCUUGGGUGCAGCUCAUAUAGCAGAGCCCAUUUUGGCAUCUAUUAAGGAUAAGUUGAAGGAAGUGGAUCUGUCUGAUUUUAUUGCCGGUAGACCAGAGGCAGAAGCCCUUGAAGUCAUGAACAUGUUCUCGGCCGCCCUUGAAGAUUCUGUUUUGAAGUCUCUUGAUCUCUCUAAUAAUGCCUUGGGUGAGAAGGGUGUUCGAGCAUUUGGAACACUCUUGAAAUCACAGAGGAGUUUGGAGGAGCUUUAUUUAAUGAAUGAUGGCAUCUCAGAGGAUGCAGCACGUGCUGUUUGUGAGUUGGUUCCCUCCACACAGAAUCUUAAGGUCCUUCAUUUUCACAAUAACAUGACAGGAGAUGAAGGUGCUCUUGCUAUUUCCGAGGUUGUAAAGCGUUCUCCCUUGCUGGAGGACUUUAGGUGCUCUUCAACAAGGGUAGGUUCUGAAGGAGGGGUUGCCUUAUGUGAAGCUUUAGAGGGAUGUGUUAAUUUGAAGAAACUUGACCUGCGUGACAACAUGUUUGGCGUAGAAGCAGGAGUUGCUUUGAGUAAAGCUCUUUUGAAGUAUGGGAAUCUAACUGAGGUUUACUUGAGUUACUUGAACUUGGAAGAUGAGGGGACUAUUGCCAUAGCAAAUGCGCUCAAGGAGUCGGCUCCUUUGCUUGAAGUGCUUGAGUUGGCUGGAAAUGAUGUUACACCUCUUGCUGUGUCCUCCUUGGCUGAAUGUUUAGCAUCUAUGCCGCACCUCUCGAAGCUGAAUUUGGCUGAAAAUGAGCUCAAGGAUGAAGGAGUUAUACAAAUUAGCAAGGCUCUUGAAGGUCAUUCUCAGUUAAAGGAACUUGAUUUGAAUACAAAUGCGGUAACUAGGGUUGGUGCUAGAGUUUUGGCUAAGUUGGCAGUUGCUAAGCCCGGUUUUCAAUUGCUGAACAUUGAUGGGAAUUACAUCUCUGAUGAAGGAAUUGAUGAUGUUAAUGAAAUUUUCAAGAAGUCUCCUGAAAAGUUGGGGUCAUUAGAGGACAAUGACCCAGAAGGUGGAGACGAGGAUGAAAAGGAAUCUGACCAGGAGGGUGAUGGAGAGGAAUCUGAACUGGAAUCUAAAAUGAAGAAUCUUGAUGUGGAAGAUGAGGAGGAAUAGGUGCAUUUCUGGUAGGUGGAGUUAUGUAGGAUCUGUCGCUUGUUUUUAGUUGUCCUCUUUUAUCUCGGACAUCGCUUUUGGUUGAUAGCUUCUUAGAGCGCACUUGGCAGCCAUGGCUUUUCUUCGGAGCGACUUCUAGGUUUAGGUUUGUAGUUCUUUUCCCAUUGAACUUCGUUCCUUACUUUUGUGUUUUAUUGUACUUCACUACUGUGCCAUUGUGUUAAGUAGGAUUCUGUUCCAACACUAUUGAACUUGCUAAUCGAUGUUGUAAAGAAGGGAUUGUCAUUUUUCGUGAUAUUCACCCUCUGCUUGAAUUUUGAAGCAACCUUUGCUUAAGACAAUCAAUGAAGAUUUUUCAGUGUGUUAAA